UAUAAACCUUCUCUAUACAAUCAUUUGGAGCAUCAGAACAACUCCAAUAUGCAUAUUCAGAAUACUAAGAAUAUAUUUAAUUCCUUUGAAAGCUUCGAAAAAGCUUUCAAAGAGAUCUUUAGUAACUCUAACAAAGAGCAUACUACAGCUUAG